AUGCCCCAGCAUAGUUGCCCAGACAACUCAAUUUCAAAGCAGCCACCUCCAUUUCCUCAACGCUUUCAGAAGAAAAAGUUGGAUUCUCAAUUCAACAAAUUUUUAGAUAUGUUGAAGCAGUUGCAUAUCAACGUCCCACUGGUAGAGGCACUUGAGAAAAUGCCUAACUAUGUAAGAUUCAUGAAAGAUGUGCUUACAAGGAAGAGAAGGUUAAGAGAGUUUGAAAUCGUACCUCUAACCAAAGAGUGUAGUUCAUUUCUGCAAGACAGGUUGCCACCAAAGUUGAAGGAUCCUGGGAGUUUCACUAUUCCUUGUACUAUUGGAGACACUUAUUGUGGGAUGGCUUUAUGUGAUUUGGGUGCAAGCAUUAAUUUGAUGCCAAUGUCUAUUUUAAAGCAAUUAGGGAUUGGAGAAGUCAGACCUACCAUAGUUACUCUUCAACUUGUAGAUAGAUCUCUUGCUCAUCCAGAUGGGAGGAUUGAAGAUGUGUUGGUGAGGGUAGACAAAUUCAUAUUCCCUGCUGAUUUUAUUGUGCUAGACUAUGAGGCAGAUAGAGAGGUGCCCAUUAUCUUGGGGAGGCCAUUUCUUGCAAUAGGAAGAACUUUGAUAGAUGUGCAGAAGGGUGAGCUUACUACGAGGUUCCAAGAUGAAAAGGUGACUUUUAAUGUUUUUAAGGCUAUGAAAUUUCCUCAUUAG